AUGGCCACCAUGUCGCUUCAAGCUCUCUCGUCCGCGUCCACGCUCGUGCCGUCGCCAUCCCUUCUAAAGGCUACCGCCACCACGAGGACAAAUGCCCCGGUUGCGUCGAAGCGGACUGUCGUGCGCGCUCUCAAGAGUGACAGUACUGAGAGCGGGCGCGAGCAGGAAGGCGGGAGCGGCGCCUCGUGGGGGGAGCGAUGGCGGCAGCAGCACGCGGCAGCGGCGGUAGCGCUGGCGGCAGCAGCUGCUGUGGCGGGCCCGUUUGUGCCUGACGCGGCAUUGGCAUACAUCGGAGGAGGUCCGUACGGUCGCGAGGUGACACGUGGCCAGGACCUGACGGGACGAGACUACAGCGGGCUGGACCUGCGCGGGCAGGACUUCAAGACGUCCAUUCUACGCCAGGCGAACUUCGCCGGUGCGAAUCUCAUAGGGGCUUCCUUCUUCGAUGCCGACCUCACAGGAGCUGACUUCACGGGUGCCAAUCUCACUGCGGCUGACUUCUCCCUCACCAGCGCAAACAAGGCCAACUUCACGAACGCCAUACUGGAGGGCAUCUCAUUCACUGGCAACACGUCCUUCAAAGGCGCUAUCAUCACCGGUGCUGACUUCACAGACGUGUACUUCCGAGCGGACCAGAAGGCGUACCUGUGCAGAGCGGCUGAGGGCACCAAUCCUGUCACCGGCAACGACACCCGCGACACUCUUCUCUGCUAG